AUGCCAACUCCUGAAAUCCUUCCUCCGAGUCCACCCUCGACGUCUCCUCGCAAAAAACCUCUCCGAUCCCAUGCCUCUGUGAAUCUUACCAGUACUCCAGAUUCACCGGUGUCCUUUCCUGGUUCAUCCCACGGUGGAACACGGAAACGAGUCGAAUUCUCACCUUGGACAAACGCCCAUGAACCUAUGCCCAAUUCGCUUCCUUCCAGCGGUGCCAAACUCAAGACAAAUCCUCCCUCGUCAGCAUGCCAGUCAUCUUUGAAGUCUAUCUUGAAGCCCGCGCCCAUCAAUGAGGAGAUGCUACAAGCUGCUCACAAAGAGCCGGACGCCGACCGUUCAAUGGGCGACAUGAUGGAGAGCAUUGUGCAGCAACUAUCGCAAGAUGACAGAUCGGUGUCGGUUGACGCAUAUCAAACUCUUUCAUCGGUAAUUCGAGAAUAUGACGAUGUUCCUGACGAAGCUGCGUUGAAGAGUAAGAUUCACAAUAUUCUCAAGUACAUCAAAAGAGACCUUCUCAGACAAGGGAAGCCCGAUGAGCCGCAUAUUGCCGACAUCAACCUGGUCACCCAGGCACUCAAGGUGCUCGUUAUCUUUGCGUGGAGUCGCGACUAUUCAUCAUUAUUGUCCGACGAAUACCGUAUUUUCAUCCUCGAUCGGUCGAUUCAAGUCAUUGCCGAACAUACUGCGCCCAAAAGCGUGAUCAUCCACUACCUGCACCUUCUAGCCACCCAAGAAUUUCGAUCAGGCCUUAUCAACUCUAAUAACCGCGUUCCCCGACUUCUAGAAUCGUUGAAGGUUCUCACCGAUCAUGUGAAAGGCAACGGCGCCGUGUCCGAGAGACUACUGGUCUACCAAAAGCUGUUGGAUCAAGCACGGACUACGAUGAAAACAAGGGCAAAUCUUUGGGUUGAAGAAUUGUUGACCGGGAUGACGAGUGCUUUGAAGGAUAUCAGAGCCAAAGCCGUGACUUUGGGCACGAAGGCAUGUUCAGCAUUCCCUGCGUCCUCGUCAAUAUCCGGGUCCGUCAGAACUAUUCUUGAAAAGGAGCUGGAACCGGAGAAGACAUUUGGUAUGGCCAUGUGUCGAAGGCUUGAGAAAAUGAUUACCGCUAAAGAGGAGAUGAUCCAAGUACCACAGAUCUGGGCCAUUGUGCUUCUGCUCAGCUAUGGUCCUGAGACACACAUCGAUCGCUGGCCCGAAUUGAAGGAUUGGUUGAAGGUCAUCCAAAGAUGUUUUAAUUGCAGCGAGUCCGCUCUCAGACAACAAUCCAAUAUGGCUUGGAAUCGCCUUGUCUAUGUCGUCCGACCCCAUGAAGCACCGGAUCAUUUGAUGACAAUUCUCGCAAAGCCUUUAUCCGCCCAGUUAGAGCGGCAAAGCGCGGAGAAAACGGUCAAGGGCUCGAGGGCUACAGCUGUUUCGAGUUACUGCAAUUUGCUUUAUUACGCAUUCCGACCAGCCGCGACCCACAAACAGUACACACGCGUUUGGAAUGAAUACAUUGUCAAAGUCAUGAGAAGCUCAUUCUUUGAGAAAAAUCCGGCCAACUCGGAUGUCGCUUGUCGAGUCCUCAUGUCACUUUUGUGGAAUUCGAACCAGAGCACAAAAGUCUGGAACGAAAAUCGUGCUCUUGAAAACACUCCUAUCGAACCGGAGGAACUUCCCACUAUGGAUUGCAAAUGGAUCAGAGCCAAAAGCGCGGCCAUCGUCGAUAUGUUCCGCGUCCUGCUCCGAUACAGCUCUUGGGGAGCAUCUGGUCAAUCUGAUCGAGCGUACAUCGCUGUCGCUUGGACGCAUUUCCUCAAAGCCCUUCGAAAAGCGAGCAGCAAGGAGAUCAAACCAUCUUCGGAGACGAAACUAGCUCUGAUCACGGUUAACCGCUUUCUGGGACAUUUAUGGGCGGAGAUUUAUGAGGAGCCCGAUCGUACUGAUGAUCAAGCAUGUUUGCUUAGCAGCGUCCAGAUACGACAAAUGACACGAAGCGCGGUCUCCGAGCUCGGAUACAUCCCAAUCUUGACCGGCCUGGAGAAUGAAAUGGCAGCGAUACGCCAGACCUUUAUCCUCCUGGAAACAUUCGACUCGAUCGUCUCGGACUUGAAUCACGCGAGAGACCACGGUGACAUGCGGCGACACCUUCACAACCCAAGAAGUACAUUUCAAACUUCCCUAUCCCAAUACGAGAAAUGUCUUGAGCUUCUCGGUUCGUCCAUGAUGGAAGUGCUCCAGUCAGAACUUACGAGCAGAAUGUCGGCUCUUACCGCCGUGAUUGGGACGCUAGAUCAUGUGCUUCAGAUUGCACCGCACCAGCAAUUGGCGCCAACUUUGAAACUCCUGAGCAAAGCCUUAGUCGUACUGUUGAAGGACGAGUCUCGACUUUUCAUGAAUCCGGCGGACUCUGAGGAUGGACAGAUAUACCGAAGCAUUGUGAAUACUACCGUCAAUAUAUUGGCCAAAAUACCGGCCGCAAGCUUGAGAGAGCUCGACCAGGUAUUCGCUGCUCCUUUUGAAAGCAGUCAUGUUUCCGUGGUCAACGACGCUGUUGAUAUGUGGAACAAUCACUUCGGUCAACAACAAUCAAUUACGCUCGGGCCUUGUCUGUUGGACGCUCUCUUGAAACUUCGGAAUUUCGCCGAUAUCGACAUUCCCGGAGUACCACAGCCGGCACAAAGUCGAACCGACCGCGUUGGGUUCCCCCCAGCCGCAUGGGAGGAAGCCCUAUCUCCGGGACUGUUGAGGAAUGUGUCAUCGAGCUCAAGCCAGCUCGAACAAGCAGGCUUCGCCUCGCCGAUACUGGGCAGUCACGAUGUUUGGGCAAGAGUUGAGGAGCGGGAUCAUGUUCUUCCAACGAGCCCUGAAAGACCAGUCUCCCGACCCAGAUCAAGACAUGACGAUUCUCAGAUACAUUUUGUGGCCAUUGAAUCAUCAUCACCCCCACAACAUGAACUGGAGUCACAAUUCCUCACUGUCCACCAGAAAGAAGUCCGCGAUAGGCGACGGUCAGAGCCGGCCGUUGUAUUUCCCGACCUCAGAUCAAGCCCUAGGGUCCAUAGCAAGUCACAAAAUCAUGGGGAUUGUGAGUUUGCACGAAAAGCUGCGGCGCUGGUUGAACGACCAUCAACACCUACCUUACCGACAAACCACGACCAUGGAGAGCCAGAGACCAUGGCAUCUCCAACUCCUCGUGCUCGACAUUUCACAAAUCAAAUAAUGGACAUCGAGGUGCCUUCAUCACCGCCAUCUAUGGCGGAGAAAGAUAAUGCCGGAGGAGAGAAUACAUCGUCUCCGCUUCGGGGACAUGCGGAGGAUGCCCAUAUUGGAAUUGACCUGGCGAUUUCUCAAUCGACGGACCGUCUGGAGCAGUCGACAACGGACGUGAAUGAACCUGAAAUCGAGGCCCCAUUCGCGCGAGAUCUUCCACAAGACGAACCAGCGGAGGUGAAAGAGGCUGACAUUCAUGUUCAGGCAAACACAGAUGAGAUUGAGCUGAAGAAGGUCCUCCCUGUGGGGACAUUCCCCAAUCUUGAAGCAGACGAAUUGGCUCCGUUCCUGAUGGGGGAGCCGGAAAUCACACUGAAUGCCGAAGACGACGAUGACAAUUCGGGUCCGAACUCCAAACCAAGGAUGGAUAGUGACGAGAUCGAUAUGCUUAGUGCGUCCCAACUAUCCCAAGACCUUGACCGACAUAUCGGUGAAGUUGUGGAUGCCGCUGAAUGUCAGAAGGAAAUGGACGAUAUCACCUCCUCACAGCAAGAACUACAACAUGACCGGCAAGAACCCAAACCACCGUCACGGAAUUUGCGUAAACGCAAAUCAAGCAGUUUCACAUUCACAUCAACCAAGAGAAAGAGAUCAAAGGGUUUGUUCCAGGCGUCUUCUGACUCUAUCGAGCCUGAAACUUGGCCUGGAGUACAUAACAGAGUGGGCGAGAUGUGUGACAUUAUCGAGGUUGCACCUUCUCGAGCAGCUGAAGCCGUCGUGGCCAGCGGGUUCGCCGAGGCGAGAGAGCAGGUGGCAAUAGAGCCCACAUCUCCUCCCAAACAUCGGCGUGAGAGACCGAGAAGACAUGCCCGAAAUUCUCAGUCACAAGAACACCGUCAGCAGGACGUUGGGCCCGUUAUAGGCACCUCGCGUUCCGAUCAUGCUGACUGCAAGGAAGAGUCAACCGCUCAAACCGGAGGUCUGGAUGCAAAUCCAGAAGAAAACUUGACUAUGGAAGCCGAAGAGCACAAACCAGAAGGAGAACGUAUGAUGAACACUGGUGUCACAGCUGACAUUGAAGGCGUCGAGCAGCCGGACGGUAGCAAUACUGCUCCCGAAGUGCCUACCGAGGGACCAGUUCAGCCUGAUGUUGUAUCCUCUCUGCAAGGAAUUCUAGAUCGUCUACGGUCAACCAAUCCUGGUGACAUUGACCUGAGGUCAGUGGAUGAUUUAUGUUUCCAAAUUCGAUUCCAGGCUCAAGUUAUUUCUCAACAGAGGGUCGUUUAG